AUGACACUCAACCCACACCUUCCCUUCCCUCCCAUGUCCUCGCCCCGUUCCGACUGCCACCACAACAGGGACCACCAAGGGGUUGACAGCGCAGCAGCUGGGCGAGCUGGGCUGCCAGGCACAAUCAAAGGCCUGACAGCGCAACAAUUAGGCGAGCUGGGCUGCCAGGUGGUGCUGGGGAACACAUACCACCUCGCCAACCGCCCCGGUGCUGACGUCAUCGCUGAGGCGGGCGGGCUGCAUGCGUUCAUGGACUGGCCGCGUGGACUGCUCACUGACUCGGGGGGGUUCCAGAUGGUGUCGUUGCUCCACCUGGCGGACAUCACAGAGCAGGGGGUGGAGUUCCAGUCGCCAGUGGACGGCACGCGCAUGCUGCUCACGCCUGAGGAGUCCAUUGCUAUUCAGAACAAGAUCGGUGCUGACAUCAUCAUGGCUCUGGAUGACGUGGUCAGCAGCCUGGUGUCAGGCCCGCGCAUCGAGGAGGCGACACAUCGCACGCUGAGGUGGAUGGACCGAUGCAUGCAGGCCCACAGCCGGCCGCACGAUCAGAACCUCUUUGGGAUUGUGCAGGGAGGGCUGGACCCUAAGCUCAGGGACAUCUGUCUGAAGGGGCUCAUUGACAGAGACCUACCCGGGUACGCUAUUGGUGGGUUGGCGGGCGGCGAGGACAAGGAGUCGUUUUGGCGUGUAGUGGCGCAGUGCACGGCAGCCCUGCCGGCCAACAAGCCAAGAUACGUCAUGGGAGUGGGGUACCCAUUGGACAUAGUGGUGUGCUCCGCCCUGGGGGCAGACAUGUACGACUGUGUCUACCCCACGCGCACGGCACGCUUCGGCACGGCUCUGAUACCAGAGGGCGUGUUGAAGCUCAAGCAUGCUGCAAUGGCGAAUGACCACCGCCCCAUCGACCCCUCUUGCUCCUGCCUGGCGUGCCGCAGCUUCUCACGCGCCUACCUGCACUCGCUGGUGACCAAGGACCCCGUGGGCUGCCACCUGCUCACCAUCCAUAACAUCGCUUACAUGAUGCAGUUCCCGCGGGGCGACGUGCCGCAGUGGGUGCAGGCGGCCAUGCAGGCUGCUGCCAUUGACAUUUCCCCAGCUCUGCACCCGGCCCGCGUGUUGUGA